UCACAUGGGUAAAGAUACCAAUGCAUUGGAUGGACGGGACUGAGACAUUUGACAAGGGCGACUGUUGUAUUUUAAUGUUCGUUCAACCCAUUUGAUCGUUAAUUAGCCAUUCUCAAUAUUAAAUAACAAAGUGUUUAUCCUAAAAUUUUCGAACCCCUUCUACAGCUUUGUUCAUCUUGAUGCUUGGAAGGAUCAUUUAUAGGCUGACUAAAUGUUUUCAUGUUACCCCAGUGGUCGAUCAUCCCGAUCAUCCCUUCUGCCGCAUCAUAAUCAAUAACCUAGAGGCCCGAAUACAAUCGUUAGAAAAGCAGCUCCAUGAGAAGCAGAGGAUUAUAGAGAUGACAUUGAUUCAGAGUCCCUACACAAACUCAAUUGAGAAAACUAAGAAAAGCAAACUAGAUUAUAAGUCCCGACAAAAGGCAGUGUGUCGCGCUGUUCAUUAUGUUGAAUUUCGAGGGUCCUCGAAAUUAGAGAAGCGUGACAAAUUAGAACAACUCAUCAUUAGCAUCAUUAAGCGUCCUUUGUUACGAAAUGAAAACUCACUGAAAUAGAAAUUUCGAUCUUUGUUUCGAUAAACCAAUGAACGGCGCGACGACCAAUGAAUGUCAAAACUGCUGAAAACAAUAACAGUCUAGUAUCAGCGGAAAAAGCCAGUGAUAAUGUAAAGAGCUCCAUCGUGCUAGAAGAUAUCAGGGACAAUGAGAUCGUUGAAUCAAGACAAAGACUUGCAAACAAGGGGACAAAAAGUAAACAAGCAGCCAAAAGGAGCAUUGACACAAAACCAAGUAAACACUAAGAGCUACGCAAAUCUAUCGGUACAAAAAGAAAGGACAAUAAAAGGCCAGAACCCAACAAAAAUUUCAAGAUAUUUAUAGUUGGAGACUCUAAUUCAAGAAAUGUCAAAGGGGAGAAGCUCACUAAUGCAUACAGAGACGUGGAAGUGCGAUUGAAAUCAGGAAUGAAAAUUGAAGAAAUAAACAAAAGGAUCGAGAAAAGCGCUGAUUCGACGUAAUUGUAGUACACGCAGGCACCAAUAACCUCCGGGACAAGACACCAAAAAAUGUUCCUGAAAUGAUAGUCACAACACUCGACAAGGUACAAGAAAACAAUCCAACAGCACACUUGGCUUACUCAUCAAUCUUCAAAAGAAAUGACGAUCAAGCUCUAAAUGCAAAAGCAACGCAAGUUAACAAACUCCUGAAAGAAGAACUGUGCAUUAGAGGGAGUAAUCUUUCCAAGUUUGGAGUAAUCGCGGGAAGAAAUAUAGCAGAGGAAGGAGAUUGAUCGACUCAGUCAUGGAGACAAAAAGACUUCUUGAUUCUCAAAAAGAUUGCGCAAAAAGUGAUAGGGAGAAAGAUAUCAAGAAAAAGGCAUUACAAGAAGACAAAGUCAGAUGGAGAUCCAUAAAGAUCAUUUACAUAACUAUGUUGCUCAGUGCGAUGGAAUAUUCAAUCACUUUGCCAUCACUUUGGCCUUAUCUACAACAGGUUGACAAAAAGGUCAGUGCCCAGUUUCUUGGCAUCGUCGCUGGUGGAUUCAGCAUUUGUCAGAUGAUUGGUUCAUUUCUGUUUGGUAUUUGGUGCCUGUACCGCCCAGCCAUCGAGCCAUUUGUAGCUGCCGCUGCCCUGCGCUUUCUUGGAAACUUUCUAUAUGUCUUUGCAGAAAACUGCCCUGGCAAUGGUGGAAAAAUAUUGAUUCUAGUGUCAAAACUCAUUGUUGGCCUGUCAACAGGCGACAUGGCUGUUUGCCGCGCGGUUCUCUCUCAGGCAACUACAAAAGACGAAAGAAAGGGCGCGUUUGCAGUUAUGGCAGGAAUGCAAGUACUUGGGUACGCAGUUGGUCCGGCCUUCCAAUCUGCAGCCGUUCCUUUGGUUGGCAAAGGACUGCAUUAUUUUGGUCUGAAUAUUGAUAUUUUCAAUAUUCCUGGAUGGAUCGGAAUAGUGGUGGAAAUCAUCAACAUUCUUUUGAUUUUCAUCUGGUUCAAAGAAUACAACAUUGACGUGCAUGACAACCGAGAAAAUCUGCCAAAGCCAAAUACAGGCGCAGUUUUGGUUACCACAAUGGCUUAUUACGUGCUUUUCUCCGUUUUUGCAAUGCUCGAAACGAUGACAGCUCCAUUGAUAGCAGAUGAAUUUGCUCUUUCCAAAGAUAAAGUCGUUUUUUACGCUGGUAUAAUUCUUUCUUCAUUAGCCGUCAUCGUUUUGGCAACAUUUUGGGUUAUCAAAUUUGCAAGUAACAGAAUUCGUGAAAGAACGGUGCUUCUGACUGGAUAUGUCAUUAUGCUCGUCGCAUUCAUAAUUUUUUUGCCGUGGGGAAGUGAGCAUCCACCACUCCAAGUCAAAGAAACAAUAGAUGUUGGAAAUUUGACGAAGACAGUUUUGUCCGAGGGCUGCCCAAUUAGGUACAGCUGGUGUAAAACCACACCUAAGAUAUAUUUGUCCCAAUAUAUAAUUGCCAUGCUGAUUGGUUUCAUUGGUUUUGCUUUACCAUCGAUGGUUAUCAAUUCAUUGUACUCAAAGAUAAUUGGACCGAGAAAACAGGGUUUGUAUAUGGCCUUAGCUUCGUGUGCUGGAUCUUUUGCAAGAUUUACUGGACCUCUGGUGAUGACGUCACUAUAUGCAAACUUUGGUCCCAGAUGGCUGUUUAUUUUUCUAGCAUCUGUCAACUUAUCUGCCGCUGCGUUGAUUUUUGGUUUCUUUAAAAUGCUAGUGCCAUUUGAAGAAAUUACAAAUUUGUCUUUGUAUGAUGAAUUAUGAGAUGUACACACUGUUGCUUAUCAUAGGUAUUUAGCUAUUCCAUGUAUCACUUCACAUAUAAAUAAUAUUUUAUACAUAUGUUGCUUAUCAUAGGUAUCUAGCUAUUCCAUGUAUCACUUCAUAUAUAAAUAAUAUUUUAUACAUAUGUUGCUUAUCAUAGGUAUCUAGCUAUUCCAUGUAUCACUUCAUAUAUAAAUGAUAUUUUAUACAUA